AGGAGCUUGCUAGCUAGGAGGUAUCAUAUCGCCAUCCCUCUAGUAACCUGCAGCUAGCUUGAGAUCCGAUAUAUAUGUAUGCAUAUACAUAGCGAUUCUACCUUAAACCUUGCUAGCUAGCUAUCAUAUAUACUUUUCUCGACCAACCACGUCACUAAAAAGCUGCUAUAUAGCUAGUGUUUAAAUAAAAUGAUUGACAUGAAGAAAUAUUUGAAGGUAGCGCCGGGCACCCCGUUCUCAAAGGUGGGGUUGCCCUUUGUUCACCUGCUAGCCAUGUAUGCCCCAUUUUGUUUCAGUUGGGAUGCCGUUGUGCUUUGGUUUGUGCUCUACAUUAUCACCGGCAUAGGAAUGACGGUCUCUUAUCAUAGGAAUUUGUGCCACAAGAGUUUCAAGCUCCCCAAAUGGCUUGAGUACAUGCUUUCCUAUUUUGGUGUUCUUGCUUUGCAGGGGGACCCGAUUGGUUGGGUGAGCACCCAUAGACACCACCACAAGUACACUGAUUCAUUGAAAGAUCCUCACAGCCCCAGAGAUGGUUUUUGGUUCAGUCACAUGGGAUGGCUCUACGACACCAAAAACGCUGACGAAAGGAGUAGAAAGGCAUCAAAUGUAGGAGACUUGGAGAGCCAGGCCUUCUACAUCUUCAUCCGAAAGACCUACCUUCUCCAUCAUAUUCUUCUUGGGGCUCUCCUAUUUUCCACUGGAGGAUUCCCUUACAUUGUUUGGGGCAUGGGAGUAAGGAUUGUAUGGGGGUUCCAUGUAACAUUUCUUGUGAAUUCUGUGUGUCACAUUUGGGGAAGCCAAGCAUGGAACACCAAUGACUUAUCCCGAAACAAUUGGAUGGUGGCGCUGGUGACAUUCGGGGAGGGGUGGCACAACAACCACCACGCCUUUGAGUACUCGGCGAGGCAUGGGCUGGAGUGGUGGCAGCUCGACACGGCUUGGUGCACUAUUUGGGUCCUCCACAAAUUAGGGCUGGCUACAAGUGUGAAGCUCCCCACAGAUGCCCACAAGGCAAAGAUGGCUUUCAAUCAUGAUAAUAAUAAUAAUAAUAAUAAUAAUAAUAAUAAUAAUAAUAAUAAUAAUAAUAAUAAUAAUAAAGAGGCCUCAACAAUGUCUUUCACCACUGCCCUUCCUCCUCGUCCACUCAUCGUGAAGUAGACUGUGGCAUACGUAUUAAUAAUUGUACGUGCUUUUAAUUGGUUUGCACGGGCUGGCUAGUUAUAGUAUCGUACGUGCAUGGCAGUUAUAAUUAUUGUACGUGAAGAAUUAUAUUACCGCGUCUCCCACGUAUGUCCCACUUUCCAUCUUCAAUUCUUACUUUUCACUCCUCCGAUGCCUUAAUAAAUGUCUUUGUUAAAU